GACGUCUGCCCUCACACUGUAUCCCUCAUGGCAACUCCGGGUCGCACACCUCAAUCAGCCCAGCUGCAAGCCGUCGUGAUGGAACUCGAGAAGUUGAAAACUGCCAGGCUGCAGAAAGAUGUUGAGUUGGAGAAGCUGAAAUCACAAGUAACGGUCUUGUUUACGAGCAUGAACUUGACGCGCGCGCAGCUGCAACUUGCGAGCGAUCGUGUCGAAUAUCUUGAGUCGUUACUUGGGGUAGAAGCUUCUUUGAGUACAGGCGCACAAAUGCAGUUGGCUGAGAUGAACGCCGUUACGAUGGGAACAGGGCAGAGUAGUCUUGCGGGAGCCGCACCAGAUGGUAGACUGCCCAAUGGAUCAGGAGAAGGUGGCGUUGCUGUAGAAACACCUAUCGUCCAUUCUCCCAAGACGAGGGAACUGUUGGAUCGAAGCACGAAAAGUAAGGAAGCUGCCAAGAGCAAGCCAAUGAAAGACUGUGUAAAUCACAUCUUCGCGCACCUCAUGGGCACGAAACUUGACAAGAAAAACCUACCAACAUAUCCUUCUGAUCCCAAUGAAAAUUCGGAAGCUUGGCCUAAGGACCCCUGCAACAAAUAAACCUUAUAGGCGAUUCAACUGGGCUGAGACUAAAGAUGCACCUGUUAAUCGCAAGAAUAUAGACACUGUACUCGCAACAGUAUGAGCGCAGGGUGACUACACUAUGGGCCACUAGAAGUUAAGACGUAAGGAAGGAAGCCCGCAGGAAAUGGCGAUAGAUGAUGGCUGGCUCGCGGGAGGCUCAAAAGCAUGGAACACUAUGAAAGAAGUAUAUAUGCUAGUGGCAGGA